CAAAACUUUUAGAUAGUCAAUAGGAGCUUUAAAGCUGAAUAUUAAUUUAUUUCUGCAGAAAUGAAUACGGAACAGACAAAAACUGAAUCUAAAGAUUGUAUUGCUUCAACAAACACACCAAAGCUUUCCAAUAGGCAAUUAAAAAAGUUAAAAAAAUAUGAGGAACAACGUAAAACAUUAAUGGCUAGAAGAAUUAGACACCGUAAACGUCUGAAGGCACGAAAGGCUAGCGGAGAAAAAGUUGGCACUUCACGUAAAUUUCUGAAAAGCAAUAAAGUGGACAUGGAAAAGAGUAAAAUUUCAUUUGCCAUAGACUUAGAUUUUGAGGAUUUGAUGAUAGAUAGAGACCUUGCUAAUUGUUGUAAACAAUUAGGAAGGGUAUAUGCUAUCAAUAGACGGUCAACCACUCCAUGUCCUCUUUGGCUGACAUCCUUGAAACCCAAUUCUCGCACUGACAUACAACUACAAAAAAAUAAUUAUAAAAGUUGGGAUAUUGAACAUACGCCGGAAUCUUAUCUUAAUAUUGGCUUUCAGAAAGACAAAAUUGUUUAUCUUACAUCAGAAUCAGACACAAUUUUAAAUCAACUAGAGGAAAAUACUAUUUAUGUAAUUGGAGGCUUAGUUGACCAUAAUUUUCAUAAAGGAAUAUGCUUUAAAAGGGCACAAGAAGCCGGCGUAAGGACUGCAAAACUGCCACUAAGCGAAUUCAUAGAUAUUAAGACACGAACUGUCCUCACUAUAAAUCAUGUGUUUGAAAUCAUAUCUAAGGUAGUAGAGGGAGUUAAUUGGCAAGAUGCAAUUCUUUCAGUGCUCCCACCACGAAAAAGAGCCAUUGCUAAAGAAAAGCCAGAGGAUACUAAUGACAAUGAAUUAACAAAUCUGCCUUCCAAUAAAGAAAAUCAUACAGACUAAUAAGUAUAUAAAUAUAAAUUUAAAAUGAGUUUACAAUUAAAUACAUAAUUUUUGUAACAUUUUUUUUUAUUUUUCGUUACAUUUUCUCUCGAUGGUAUUCAUCAUUUUAUUGUUUUUCUUUUUUAAA